GGCACAAUAUUGAAUUAUUAUUAUUACUUUUUUUUCUUUUGCGUGUUUAGAGGUAGAAUGGGUAGGAGUUACUUUGUAGAAGAAACUGUGGAGGAAUAUCUUGUUGGGCUUCAGACAGCUCCUGGGUCAUGUCUGACCGGACUCCUGGCUGGUCAAUCCUCUCCUCAGAGAGAUUUUGUGGUGCUGGCUGUGCAGACUCCUUACAGAGAGAGUGAGGGGCAGCCGAAGGCUUCGAGAGGGGUCAGCCCACUGGAUGACAUUGAUGUUGAGUGGGUCACAGAACAUGCCAAGCAGGUGUCCCGCAUGUUACCAGGAGGUCUUUGUAUUCUUGGCCUGUUUUUAGUAACCCCACCUGAACUCUCCAAAGAUGCCCAAAAUGCAUUAAAAAGGCUUGUAUUUGCCAUGGAUAAAUACAUAACCAAAGGAAGAUUGUGGGAAUUGUCAGAGGAGGAUGUGACUGAUCAAGUCACCCUGCAUAUCUGCUCCAAAACAAAGAAAACUGUCUGCAAAACAUUUGAUGUGAAAGAUCCACAGAGUUCGGCCAAGCCAGCAGACUGGAAGUAUCAGACAGGUGUCUCAUCAUCCUGGCCCAUGUUGAUCUGCUCUGUUGAGGUGGAUGUGCAGAUCCUUGUGUCUUCUGAUAUCACAGACAAGUGCAUGAAGGAUGGUCUUAGGAGGUGGGCUGAACAGAUUGAGGCUGCUUACUGUCUCAUAAAUGGCAGACAGGCAUUAGAUGACUCUGAACUCUCAUCAGGACAGAAAAAGAACCCAAAAACUACCCAUCGUCAGACACUGCCAGCACGGAUCUUUGUCACUGAUGUAUAUCAAUGUCACAGGAACAGUCAGAGCUGGAUGAGUGCCAGCAGUACCAGCAGUGCUCUGGUUCAGGUGUGCAGUGGCUCCGUGAAGGUUCGAGGGGUGGUUUACUGCAGGGCCUACAUCCACAACAACAAACCCAAAGCCAGACAUGCAGCACAGGCCAUUAAGAGAGGCAUCAUAAACACGGUUUGCUCCAGAGUGGAGAUGUUUCUGGAAGAUCUUUUAAUAAAUGAAGGGAGUCACAAAGGUCUGUGCAGUGGGCAGCAGGCUCUUCCUCGGCGUGUGUUUGCACCAGUGCCCAUCUCCGGCCUGUCUGUGUGUGACUACAUGUUUCCAGAUGAAAGUACAGCUGAUGUGGCCGAGCGUCUGAAAGAGAUGCUGGACUGCGAAACACCAGAAGAGGACAUAGAUACUGGUUUGGAGGGCAAUCAAUUAUUUUCCGAUGUUUCUGGAUCAGAGAUAACUGACAGCCCCAGUGAUGAUUCUAGUAAGCAUGUCAUCUCAGAAGUCCAAGCUGAAAAUCCUAAAAAUCAGAAAGCCCCUCAAUAUUAUGCUGUGGUCCAUUUCCACCUACCUGAUGACUGA